UUUAUACUUCUACUCUAGGCUAACGUUAGCUAUGCUAGCUAAGCAGGGUUAAUUUAGCUGACGUAUCUUGUUUCAGUAUGUCAGGCUAACGUUAACUAAGCAGUGUUAACUUAGCUGACGUUACUUGUUUCAGUAUGUCAGACUAACGUUAACCAAGCAGUGUUAACUUAGCUGACGUAUCUUGUUUCAGUAUGUCAGGCUAACGUUAACUAAGCAGUGUUAACUUAGCUGACGUAUCUUGUUUCAGUAUGUCAGGCUAACGUUAACUAAGCAGUGUUAACUUAGCUGACGUUACUUGUUUCAGUAUGUCAGGCUAACGUUAGCUGAGCAGGGUUAAUUUAGCUGACGUUACUUUUUUCAGCAUGUCAGGCUAACGUUAAGCGGCUGAGAACUGCUCAGGUUCUUCCUGAACUCCUAAACAUCAUGGUGAUAAUUUAAUGGGCUAUAAGACAAGUAUGUUCUUUUUUUGUUUUCAUUAAACACGUCUGUAGAAAAAAUUAAAAAAAGAAAUGGUUCAAUGGAUAAACCUGCAUUUAAAAUGUUUUUUAUUUCUACCUUUACUUUCUCACAAAAAUCCCAGAUAAUUUGCGAAGAACUACCCAGAUACCUUUUAUGGUAGUAAUAUCACACUAUAAAAAGUACUACAUGUAAAAGUCCUUCAUUUAAAAUUUUACAUAAGUAAAACAAUAUUAUUAGUAUCAAAAUAUAGGCUGCAUAAAGUAUCAAAAGUAAAAGUAAUCAUGCAGAAUAUCUCUUAAUAAUUAAAAUAAAUAAUGAAAUUUAUUAUUAUGGUGGAAUUGUUACAGAAUGUUUGUUCAUUUCAGUUGAUAGAGAUAGUUGAAAAAAAAAAAAACGGAACAUUCCGUCACUCCAGACUCCAGACAUGACUUCUGUCAUGACAUCACAGUGCAACCCUGCCACAGAGACCGUUCCAGCCGAGGAGUGAAAACUCAGAGAAUAUCUUUCUGACAAUUUUACUUCUACUAACUGGAAGCUACUGGACCAUCGUUUUCUACAAAGGACAACACACGAUUUAGUUGUCAUCACCAUGACAGAACGACCGGCCCAGGACCCACCAGGGUCCUCUGCUGCAUCGGUGCAGAUGCCUGAUACUCUGCAUGUUGACCUGCCGCAUGUUGAUUCACAGGAAGUCCGUUUUACCAUCAACAACUCUUUGAUUCACAUGACCGCAGAGCAUUGGGCGGAAAUGGAAGACAGCGUGGUUUCCAGUGAGAUGAUGGCUGUAAUGGCCGAUACUUGCAUGGAUAUUAUCCAGACUUUUGCAGAGGCCAUCCUGGAUGUCGUGAUGCCACAGGUCUACAGAUACAUGAGAAUCUACGGCACCUUUUCUCCAUCCGUCCUCGGUCUGACUGAGGACCGAAUCCAAACCUACCUGGGGGAUUCUGUUGAACAGGGACUGUCUAAUGCCCUGCACAUCAACCUACAGAAUUGUGUGGUGUCUAAGGAGUUCUCCCUGAUGCUUUUGAGACACAUUUCAGAGACGGUCAACUCAGUCUUGGCUUUGACCACUCUGACUUCCACCCCAGAGUCCAGACUCCCAGUGUUUUCUGUCAGCAGUUGCCUGAUUUCCAAUGAAGACUUGACAGAAAUGGUUUGUCACUUUGCCAGCAUACUGGUAGGAGCCAGCAAACCUCGGCGACGAGCUCAACAGGAGACUGAAGAUCAGCAGAGCCAGAUUUCAGAAUCGGAGCUCGUAUUCAAUUUGGAAAUCGAAAGUCACUUAACGGCAAUGGAGGCUUACAUCACUCGCAUGGUGAAAGUCCUAAAAAGCGCUCAAAUGCCACACCGUGACUUGAACUUGAACAACCGCAGAGAUGUCUGUGUUAGAGUUGGCAAAAACACACAAAUCAUGACUGUGGAAGACAGGGAAUCAGAUAGACAAAAGUCUGCCGCGUCUUCCCAUUGGGGUUUUGAUGCCAUACCGGGUGCUGUGCCUGACAGCGACGUCACCGAGUCGCGUUCUGAGAGUCCUCCCUUCAGUUCAGUUACGGUACUCGCCGCAACGGAGGACCGUUCUGGUCCCAGUGCGAUGGACUCUAUCGAGUACAUAGCCUUCGAACUGACAAAUGAACUUGUGCAUGAAGAUUCGCCAGGGGUAAAGAAGACAGACACUGCUCAGAAACUAAGGGAACUCACAGACAGAAUCUUUAACAUGGUAAUGGGUGGACACGACUAUCAGAUUCCGUCAGUGCCAGCCGGAAUGCGCAUGAUGGACACUGUGACCUAUAGAAGGCUGAGGGAAAAGGACGUCACUGACCCAGGCAUCGUGGCUCACACCCUUUACCUGAGGACAGAGGAGGUCGUUGCUCGUUGUGCUAUGCAGGCUCGCCUGUGGCUCCAACUGUACUUGGAGCCACAUCCAGAUCCACGUCCUCAUUUGUUUACUUUGGAGGACUCGUAUGACGAGCAUGUCAAAGAGACUGAUUUGCAAUAUGCAGCGGGAGACUACAUAGGAGUUCCCUCUUCACCUUCUGCUUAUGGCUCUUCUGCCACAUUAAUGACACACAUUGAUGUAAUCCCUGAGACGCAGGAUCCAACGCCGUCACGGUUGCAGGAAAUCCUUGCGCACAAAUCCCUGUUGACUCUGGUGGUUGGGGAGAUGCUCAAUAUCGUCGGCGUUAGAGACGAAACAACGCUACGGGACCUUGUAAUGAAAGCGGCUGUAGAGCUUGUAGAUGAGGACCCUGAGCUGUGCACCUACUUCCAUGCCUUCUUCAUGGGUCGGCACUACGGAGACAUGUGCCGCGAUACCGUCAGCGACCUCCUGUCGGAUUUUGGUUCACUGCAAAAGCUUCAGGAGGCGGUGAGAUCAGGGGAUCCCAUGUUUGAGGCGGCUCUAAUGAGAGCACUGAGGAAACAGUGGGACAUUUUCUCACUUCCAGUGCGUCACAGAAACACAGCCGUGGAGAAAAUCUGCAUCUUCUUCAUGAAAAUUUUAAAACUGUGCUGCAAAAUAAGGAGGUCUAACAAGAUCCAGCCUGUCACUUCUCUGACCAGGGACCAGGACGGCAGCCAGUUUGACGACCAUGUGACUAAUGAAGAACCUCUGAAAGACAAUACAGAGCAAUGCCAGAGUCCAACCAUGUGCAGAAGGACAAAAAAGAUGUGUUCCUCCAUUGCGAGAGCAUUGGGCAGACCAUUCGCCUGUUGCCUCUGCCCAGAGAGCCAGUGAGGCUUCGGGGCUGUGGGGACUUUGGAUCUACUUCAGGAGUGGCAAUAGAAAUGUGGAUCGUCGCUUCCAG